GCCAAAAUAUCUGACGUACAUACGCAUAACCGUCGUCGAGCAGGGUAGAGGUUCAUUCGCUGUUUGGUAUUCGGAGGAGAAGCUGCUUCCGUUGCUCGUGUUUAAGAAAGGUUCUAAGAAAAUACUGUAAAAAAUGUCUGGACGUGGUAAAGGUGGAAAAGCUAAGGGAAAGGCGAAGACCCGCAGUAGUAGGGCAGGGCUGCAGUUCCCUGUUGGAAGAAUCCAUCGUCUUUUGAGAAAAGGAAAUUAUGCGGAACGAGUCGGAGCUGGAGCACCUGUUUAUUUGGCCGCUGUAAUGGAAUAUUUGGCGGCUGAAGUACUCGAGUUAGCCGGGAACGCCGCAAGAGACAACAAGAAGACGAGGAUAAUCCCACGUCAUUUACAAUUAGCCAUUCGCAAUGAUGAAGAAUUAAAUAAAUUGCUCUCGGGUGUAACAAUCGCUCAAGGUGGUGUUCUGCCUAACAUUCAAGCAGUGCUUUUGCCGAAGAAAACUGGUACUGGUGGAUCUGGAAAGGGAGACAAAGCAUCCCAGGAAUAUUAAUAAUCUUUAGAAUAACCUUUCUAACUUAACAGUACUUUAGGGCUACAUCUUUGUUUCUUGAGCUAUAAAAAACAAAAACGACGUAAUCUAUGAAACCUAUCAAAUUACAAUCAUUAUUCCAUCAAUAUACAUUGUAAAAUCAUAUUAAUUAACAGA